UUUACUAAGCAGUAGCUGAAGCCUUAUCAGUGAAGAGGACCUAGAAAAUUCACAUUUACCGGUGAGGCAAGGAUUACUGUACACAAAUAUUGGAGGAUCUACAGGAUGUUCUAAGUCUUUUCUAGCUGUGCUGUUAAUCUCUUACUUCAGUACAAGGAUUCUGUUUGGGUGAAGAUAUGAAAUCUGCCUCCAUGCAAGACAGUGAUUCCACUGAUGAUUUCCAGGCACAAUGUACCCCAAAAUGCCAACUCAAAAGUAUUCCAGCAAGAGUGGAGGGGUUAACAAAGAGGAGACAGGCUGCAAAUGCCAGGGAGAGGAGGAGGAUGCAAGGACUAAACACAGCUUUUGAUAGCCUAAGAAAAGUGGUUCCACAGUGGGGAGAGGACAAGAAGCUCUCUAAGUAUGAAACUCUACAGAUGGCUCUCAGUUACAUCAUGGCUCUGAACAGGAUCCUUUCAGAGGAAGAGAGAUACAUAAAUGGAGGAGACUGGUCUUCGCUUCAUGGCUAUGACCAAUUCCACGAAGACCACUGUCAGAACUACCUUGGACUUGGGUCUCCAGAUGCUUGUAAUCACUUCCUAACAGAAUCCUUUUCUCACUAAACCGAUUUAAACUUAUGUGUGACAGGAUGAAAAUGAGCUGUAAGUAGUAUACAGUGAUGCAUAGGAGGAAAACCUCAUGUUACAGGCAAGACUGAGAAUAAAUUGAGUCUUUCAGAAUUGUUUCUUUUCCUAAUAAACUUGUCUUAGAGAUAAGUUGGAAACAUUUAUGUAAAUGUUAAGAUUUUAAGUCUUAAAAUGUAAUAUAUAUUUCCUUUAAAGUUUGACGCAACCUAUAUUGUGAUUUGUAUUUUUGCAUCAAUUGUUUUGUAAAAUUGCACUAACAAUUUUAAGCAGUAGCACUGUAGGACUUUCUAUCUAGGCUAUGACUGCAUUCAUAGUAAGUUACAAUGUAACAGCUGUUAAGGGAUACAGUAUUUGUUGCAAUAUGUCCCCCCAAGAAUAACUGUAAAUUCACAUUCGCUAUGAGCUUUCUUUUGCAAUAAAUGAUGGUGUAUCACUAGAUUGUCUGAUGUUCUGAUACAUUUG